UGCCGCUGCUGCAGAUCUCUGACUUGUACCAGAGCGAGCCCAUGUGCUCCACAAACAACCAGAGCAGCGGCGAGCUGAGUAAUCCCCGUCAGGAGUCCGCUCUAGGAAGAUCAGGUUGCAAUCCUGCCUUUGUAGCUUUACACCACACCCCUUCAACGGGAAUUACAGGGGAGGAUCAUAUUCAGCUCUGAUUCAGGAAUUCCCUCUUUCUUGAAGAACUGUUGCUAGGAGUUUGGUGCGCUUGAAAAGCAGCAUUUGCARCCUUCAUAAAAGCAGAAGGAAGGUGGGACUUUAAAUGAAACAGUGUCAUCAGAGGGAAGAUGAAAGGAAGAAAGAAGGGAUGUUCCCUACCUUCAGCCUUUGUCUUGCUGUUCUUCUGUACCGCCGGGCACACAACUGCUGAGCCGGAUGGCAGCAAAGGAGAGCAUGUUGUGGGAGCUGCUUUGCCACCACUGAGGCUUGGGCACUCCUUCUGUGCCAUGAAGGCAGAUGAUGGUCCGUGCAAAGCCAUCCACAUCCGCUAUUUCUUCAACAUUAAAAGCCGCAAGUGUGAAGAAUUUGAAUAUGGUGGAUGCCAUGGCAACAAAAACAACUUCCUAACKCGUGAGGAAUGUCAGAAGAYGUGUGUGGUAACAGAAUUGCCUCAGAGGACGGUGUUAGCAAAAAUUAAGAAAGCAUUGUUUCCAGAAAAGCCUGACUUCUGCUUCCAUGACCAAGAGCCUGGAAUCUGCCGAGGUUAUUUCACCAGGUACUUCUACAAUAAAGAGACAAAAUUAUGUGAAGCAUUYAAGUAUGGUGGGUGCCUAGGAAACCAGAACAACUUCAGGAGUUUGGAAGAGUGCCAGAAUAUCUGCGAAGACAGCUCAAACUUAUUGCCAACUGUCACAGCUGAAGAGCAUCCUGACACUGUGAAUAGUAGUUUUCCAGCAGAAGAUUAUCCGAACAGUGUGAACAGCAGCUCCCCAGCARAAGAGCAUCCUAACAGUGUGAACAGCAGCUCCMCAGCAGAAGAACCUAGCCAGUCUCCUGGGAUUUUGGUUAAUUUGUUGCCAACUGCUCCAGAUGAGAAGUCCAACACCCUGAACAGUAGUUUGCCAAAGGAGGAGCCCAACCAGUUCCCCAUUUUUUUUGAACCACGUCCAAUCCCUUCUUUGUGCCUGACCCCUAUGGACAGAGGACUCUGUAGAGCCAAAGAAUUGAGAUUUUUCUUCAACUACUCGACUGGAAGGUGUYGCCCAUUUAGCUACAGUGGUUGUGGUGGGAAUGAGAAUAAUUUCGUCUCCAGAAAGUCAUGUUUGAGGAUCUGCAAGAAAGGAUUCAAUAAGAAAAAAGGGGAAAGAAGAUUAAUAAGAAUCAAGAAAAAAAGAAAGAAACAACCAGUAAAGGCUCUGGGUGGGGAAGUCACCCCUGAAAGAAUGCAAGUUUAAUAUUUUUGGAAAUGUGAAAUAAACRACUCUUCGCCUGUGAAUGAAAGAURAAAGUCUUCCGUGUA